UGACAGGUGCGAAUAUUAAAUGGACUGCACGCGUUUUAAUUCGGCAGCACACAGUUCACGUUUCACAGGCGUUUGGCUUCGUGUGGGUGUGAAAGUGGCCGUCAGCUAGCUCAUGCUAAAGCUAAAGACCAUUUCGGCAGUCAACUGCCUGCUGGCAAAGACGGUGGACUAAACGCAUUGCAGUAAUGUGACACCCCGCUACCAGCAGCCUGUAGUUAGUAUUGGUCAUGGUCGAUCAAACGCAGUUGGGUAUAUUUGGAAAAUAACUAUCUUUUAAUAGCACAAGCCGGUUCCGAGUAACGAGCCUCACCGACGUACCGAGUCAAGAUGGGAUCAAAUCUGCGUCCUUCUGUGCUUCUUACAGUAACUUUUAACGGUUUCUGUAAGGGUUCAGACUUGCCUGACUUGUAGCUUUAAAACAUAUUCGUGCAGUGUGGCUGUUGAGAGGACCGUCCAGUGAAGAUACUUGGGGUUUCCAUCGUUUGUGUUCAGAGCAACUCUGUGACUGUGUUGGAGGAUGGACCCUGUAGUGCUGAGCUACCACGACAGCCUGCUACGCCGCUCUGAUGUGUCCUUACUGGAGGGACCUUACUGGCUAAAUGACCAAGUAAUUGGUUUUGCCUUCGAGUACUUUGCUGCUGAGCGCUUCAGAGUCCUGGGGGACACCGUCCUCUUCAUCAGCCCGGAGGUCACGCAGUUCAUCAAGUGUGCCUCUUGUCCCGAUGAGUUAGCUCUGUUUCUGGAGCCUCUGGAUCUUGCCUCUCGUCACUGGGUCUUCCUGGCUGUUAACGACAACUCCAACCAAAGUGCUGGGGGAUCCCACUGGAGCCUUUUGGUCUACCAUCACAACUCCAACCACUUUGCCCACUAUGACUCUCAAAAUGGCAGCAACUCGCUGCACGCACGGCGCGUCGCCAGCAAGCUAGAGCCGUUCUUGGGCACAGGGAGGAUACCGCUGUUUGUGGAGGAGCCGUGUCCAUCUCAGCAGAACAGCUAUGACUGCGGCAUGUACGUUAUCUGUAUUGCUGAGGCCUUGUGUGAGAAGGCCAGGGUGGAGGGCUCGCCACGCCUUCCUGUGCAGAUCAUCACCCCUGCCUACAUCACGCAGAAGAGGGCUGAAUGGCACAGACUGAUCCAGAGUCUCGCUCAGAGUGACCUCUGCUGCUCUCUGUCUUUUCCUUAGUGAUUAGCGAUGAUUGAUUGACCCUCACUAUAUGCAGAACAGCUGUCAGCCUCUACAUAUCCACUGCUGGAGCAUCUGAAUGCACUCCCUGAAUACAGUAAUAUAACUAUAUCUGAAGUAUAUUUCUAUCACAGUCUGUCAUACUGCAUAAUAAAAGCAAGUUUCAAAAGACAAAGCAAUGCUCUGAAUCUUUAACGAUUCACUGAAAUUUUGGUGUCAUGUUUAUUCCUUGUAUAUGCACAGCAAAAUACAACAUGUAAACAAGAGCACCAGCAUGCCUGUCAGGUGAAUUUACUCCCUUGUACAUAUUUAGUAAGGAUGGAGAACAUGUCAUGUAGAAGAGGAGGCACAGGCUUUUCUUUUCUCUGUUGUAUUAGUUUGGAGCGAAUGUAGAAAUGUUUACACAGAUUAUUGCUCAGGGUCAUUUUAAAUGAACGAGAUUGACAAUAAGAAUGUGCAUCUUUCAUUUUGGCUCCUGCUUCAUGUCGCAUCUCUUCCGGUCACAUCCUGUUUCUCAGUUUGACACUGAUGUCUGCAACUCUAAACUUUUAGUUCUGUAACAUUUUAAUGCACCGUGUGCCAUGUGUGUUUAUGGGACAAAAGGCAAUGCUGAGUGGUGGAAUGUGUGUUAUGUUCUCACGAAAGGCGAGUAUUAAACUCAUUUAUCUAAUAAAUUCUACUUUGGUCACAUUUUUGUGAUAAACGCUAAA